CGAGCGUCCUGGUUACAAGCGCGACUCGUCAGUUGCUGAUGACGGUGAACGUCGAUAAGUACGCGGGUGAAGAGGAAGAGAGAGAGACGUGAUCGGUGUGGUGCGAUAAUCGAGAAACGUUCGCGGAGGCGCAGGUAGAUCAUCGUGCUGCGUCGCAUGGCGGAUUAUGAGCUGCGCGAAGAACUCAUUGAUCCUCGCCUUGCCUAAAGGAUCGCGCAAGGAAUUCCUGCGGAACCGAAUAACGCGCGGCGCACUGUCCAAACAGAGUGUCAUCGCGUCGAUCUUGCUGAACAAGGCGAAGAUGGACGCCAGGAAGCUGGCACCCAGGCAGGAGAACGUCAACGAUGACGAUGCAUCGGCGGUGCUCUUCAAGCCCGCGGACGCGAAUUCGCGCAGCAAACGACGUCGGCUGGAUCAUCUGACAUGGGAAGAGAAGCUACAAAGAAAGAAAAUGAAGAACAGAGUGGCAGCUCAAACCUCGCGAGAUCGCAAGAAAGCCAAACUGGACGAGCUGGAGUUGACAGUAAGAACUCUCACGCAGGAGUGCGUAAUGCUGAGGUCACAGAACGAAUCGCUAUUGAACGAAACGAAAAGAUUGAGGAAAGAGCUGGACGCUAAGAACAGAGAGGAGCGAUACUGCACGUUGUGCCAGGCUCGUGUCCACUGCGUUGUACCCUCACUGGGAUCUGCAGUAUCCCCCAAUGACCCUCUGCCGCAGGGUGGGACAACGCAGUCGAUCACGCCUGACGCCAACACCAGGAACAGUUGCUCUAUUGAAGAUCCUGACCCUUUACCUCCUCUCGAAGAACUUUGCGGUGACCUCCAAGACGACGACGAUUACAUCGAGCGACUCGAGGAACUCGCGGAGAGUCUACUGCGAGAGGUUAAUCUUGAAGUGCAAGCAGCUCCUGAUAAAUCAAAUGAACAAGUGUCCGUCAAGGACGAUUCCGUUAAAGAACCUGGCCAUCCAGAGGCAGUGGUGGGGCAGACAUCAGAAAAUGUGGAAGCCAAUCGAGCCGGUGGAGGCGUAGGUGUUGAAUCCUACCUAACCGCAGACCUAACCAGUUCGUCAAAUUGUCAUCCCGUGGUCUGCGGUGCUGCACGACCAGAAAGAAGCAAUGCGCAGCGCGUCGUGACGGUCGGCCCGACGACGACCCCACCGUUGGCGAUCAAGACCGAGGUCGAGAUCAAACAGGAGUCCGAACCAGCGCAUGACUUGGAGACUACCUUCUACGGUACGUACGACGAGGCAACGAAUUCGAUCACGAUCAUCUAUCCGGGCGAGGAGAGCGCCGACAUUGGCAUUCAGGAGUGUGUGCAAGAGGUUAGCACGGACGACGGCGUCGCCGUCGACGUUGCCACCGACGUCAGGUAUCUCACGCCGCCGCCGCCGCCGCCACCGCCACCACCACUUCACGGUUACUCCGCGCAGUUCUCUCCGGCGUACACAUGUCGCACCGACACCAUGUCGCCCGCGAGCACCAACUCGGACACGGACUCCUGCGUCGUCGCGCAAGUCGACAGCCCGAGUAGCAUGGACUGCGGCUACGAGUCGCACGACUCCCCGUCCGUGGACUCGCAUUGCCGUUACUCUCACAUCAACGACCUUUGGCAUGAGAACUUCAGAGAGCUAUUUCCCGCGCUUGCCUGACAAUUCUCGCGAAGGCGACGAAUCACGCGUAGGAACACGCAGCCGAUACCGCCGGAUCGUUGCGUCUGUGAUAAGAGCGGAGGAUUCCAUAGCGCGGAAAGUAGCGUACAGCCGCCGCGUAGUUGAUGCACCGUGCACACGUUCAAUUAGAUUCUUUCAAAGGCGAAAAAUUAUUAAAAAAAGAAGCGGGAAAAGUUUUUUUUUUUUACAAUUCAUUGUUCUUCGUUCGACACAAGUUAGACAAUUAUGUAGAUAUCGCGAGUAUGCAUAUUGAUAGGAAGAUAUUUUCGUUAUAUAUUAUUACUUCGCAAAAUGUUGGUCAUUUCGUUCAAAACAACUUAUUACCUGUUUACAGUGGCGUCAUGUUAUUAAAAAAAUGAUUCAUUCGAGAGAUGCUUUUAGUCCUAACUAUGUAACGAUUAUAGGUGAAAUUCGGAACGUGAAAUUAUUGCAUCACUUUUUUUCCGUUUUCUUCCUAUCAAUGUCGGGAAGUAGUCUGGUAGCACAAACUAUAGCAUAUACUAUCGGUGUCCGUGUAUGAUGACAUGUCGUGCUGCUCCCAAUACGAAAAAUAACAAUUGGCAAUUUGUGUAAUUUUAUUGUAAGAUUCUAUAUAUUUUUGUAUAUACCUACGAAUGCGUGAAUUUCCUUUAACAUACAUAUAUAUACAUAUGUAUGAAUUUACCCGUCACGAUCGGGAACUAUAAGGCAGAUAUAUAUAUAUAUAAUACAUAGUUUUCCGUUCCUUUUCUGGCCGGUGAAUAUCCCUUGUACACACACCCACGAUUAAAUUAUACUUCAAAAAUGUCUUAUUAAUAUGUGUGUAUACGUGAAGUUGGUGAGCUGAUCUUUGUUAUGUAACAAAAUGCCAAAUAAACAGACGAAUGGCUUA